AUGCAACCUUCCAGCUUCCUCCUCGCGACAUUCCUUUUGCUGCUGUCCAUGGCGACUGGCGCAUCCGCCCAAACCUGUUCGGCCGAGGGCAAAACCGUCACCGCGACAGGGUUCAUCAUGGACAACUUAUGCAUCGAUUCGGUGAACCUUAUGGACAACCCGACAGUGAAGACACUCGAGGGCCCCGAUGAGCACUCAAUCCACUGUCUCGUGGACGUCAAGUCGUGCGUGGACUCGUUGUACACGUUGCUGGCGCCUCCCGAGAACGGAUCCAACCUGUACACGGUCAAGUACCAGUUGGGUGUAGCCGGCUCCGCGCUGGCCAAGAAUUACGCGGAAAACGCGCGUUUGUUGGGAGGAAAGAAGGGCUUCGGUGCGACCGUGACCGGUGUGGACGACGGCACUAACGAGUUGAAGUGCGUGACACUAUCCAAUACGGUCGUGGUGGACGGCAAGCAGCUGACCUUGUCGUCGGCGCCCUCCGCCCCCUCGACCGCCGCCCCCUCCACCGCCGCCCCCUCCACCAGUGCCGCAUCCUACACCACCGCUGCUCCCACCACCACCGCGGCUCCCAACACAACUGCCGUGCCGGAGCACACUGAAAGUUGGCGCCUGAACAGAUGCAACGACGACCAGGUCGCGUGGAACGAGCGCCUGCAUGCGUUGCCCCAGCACUACACCCGCUAG